GGCAGCAGAACAAGUAUCGCUCCUGCUUGCUUGAUCAAGAUUAUAUGACCAAGUUGGACCUGCCCUGGCCUGGGUCAGACAGCGGAGGUGACAGACCUCUGCUGGUCCCAGUAAUGAUGGCGGUGUUUCACGAUGAGGUGGAGAUUGAGGACUUCCAACAUGACGAGGACUCAGAGAAGUACUUCUACCCCUGCCCAUGUGGGGAUAACUUCUGCAUCACCAAGGAAGAUUUGGAGAAUGGGGAAGACGUGGCAACGUGCCCUAGCUGCUCUCUCAUUAUAAAAGUGAUUUAUGACAAAAAUCAGUUUACAUGUGGAGAGACAGUCCCAGCCCCUUCCACCAAUGAAGAACUAGUUAAAUGUUGA